CAAGCGUCUCCAGCCUUGAGUUACAACAAUCUUCCUGCAUCUGCAGGCCCUGAAGGCAUGGCAGCAGGUGGUAUUGCCAUGACACAUCUGGACCAUCGUUAUCGCCAGCAAGAUGGAGCUUAUUAUGCCGAUGAUGGCCUCCAGGAACCCUAUCAACAUGUAAACCGCGUGAACGAACACGAUUACCAGACCUAUCAGGAUUCUGUUCCUUCAUCUGCACCAGGUGUGCCUUCGCACGACGUUCGUGGAAUGACACAGCAACCAAUGUAUGCCGAUCCAGGUGUACAACACCAACAGUACGACGAUUACCAGUACAACGGUGGUAAUUAUGGCCACGACAACUAUUAUCAAGAGCAGCCCUACGAUCAGCACCACUAUGGAGCAGCCGAUCAAGAGAUGUAUGGAGGUGGUAACCAGGGAUACCAGUCUAGCGGCGGUAAUCCAGCUUAUACAUCACACCCUCUUCCUGCUAACCCUGUGGGUGCUGGACAAUACAAUGACUACCCUCAACAGCCACCUUCUGGUUAUUCCCAACCUACAGCUCCCAAGAGCAAUAACCAGAAUCCUGGUCAGUCACCUGCUUAAGAUAAGCUGUGCAGCCAUUAGAAAAGAUCUACAUUCAAAGUAUAUUGUGGCACUCAAAUUUCAAUGGAAAAUAGCCUGACACAAGAAGCACAAUGUAUUAUUAUUUAUUUAUUGAUUUUUUUAUUUAUCUGUCGAUUUUUUUUUAACAAAAAAAAAGAGACCUUUUCCACUCCUUU